AGUGCAGUCUGAUCAGUGGUUCUGUCUCCUUCUUGUUCUGUGGAUUACAGCUCCCACUGCUUUCUGGAUCCCCCCUCGCAUUACUGGAAACUACUAUUUGGAGUUGCUACAUUCCCACAGGUGUUAGCUGGAUCUUUGCACUUAAUUCUAACUUUUUAACUAUGGAGCAAAACGGUCGUGCCCUGCCGCCAUCAAUACCUGAGGACAGUGAAGUCCUGGACCAUGUUCCUCGUGGGGAUAUGAAUGGCUUCCACCAGAGGCUUCAGGACGGAGGGGAGGCGGAGGUCCCAGAGUCCAAGUCUCAGAGGCGGAAGAGCGAUGUCAAAGUCUAUAAGGAGUUUUGUGAUUUUUACGCUCGCUUCAACAUGGCCAACGCUCUGGCCAACGCCAUGUGCGAGCGCUGUAAGAGCGGCUUUGCCCCGGCGGAGAAGAUCGUGAACAGCAACGGGGAACUUUACCACGAGCAGUGCUUUGUGUGUGCCCAGUGUUUCCAGCAGUUCCCAGAGGGACUCUUCUAUGAGUUUGAAGGCAGGAAAUACUGUGAACAUGACUUCCAGAUGCUCUUCGCUCCCUGCUGCCACCAGUGUGGUGAAUUCAUCAUCGGCCGUGUGAUCAAGGCCAUGAACAACAGCUGGCACCCUGACUGCUUCUGUUGUGAUAUCUGCCAGGCCGUGCUGGCCGAUGUGGGCUUUGUAAAGAACGCUGGAAGGCACUUGUGUCGCCCGUGUCACAACAGAGAGAAAGCUCGGGGCCUGGGCAAGUACAUCUGUCAGAAGUGUCACGCUAUCAUUGAGGAACAGCCUCUGCUGUUCAAGAAUGACCCCUACCACCCUGAUCACUUCAACUGCAACAACUGCGGUAAGGAGCUGACUGUAGAUGCCAGGGAGCUGAAGGGGGAGCUCUACUGUCUGCCUUGCCACGACAAGAUGGGGGUCCCCAUCUGCGGAGCCUGUCGCAGACCCAUCGAGGGCCGUGUGGUCAACGCCAUGGGCAAGCAGUGGCAUGUGGAGCAUUUUGUGUGUGCUAAGUGUGAGAAACCGUUCCUGGGACACCGUCACUACGAACGCAAGGGCCUGGCCUACUGCGAAACACACUACAACCAGCUGUUUGGAGACGUCUGCUACCACUGCAACCGUGUCAUUGAAGGAGAUGUGGUGUCUGCUCUGAACAAGGCCUGGUGUGUCAACUGUUUUGCCUGCUCCACCUGCAACACCAAGCUCACCCUCAAGGAUAAGUUUGUGGAGGUGGAUCUGAAACCCGUGUGUAAGCACUGCUAUGAGCGCCUGCCGGAUGACAUGAAGCGCCGACUUGCCAAGCGGGAACGUGAAUCAAAAGACAAGAAGAAGAAGAAUUUGAUACCCAUGUGUCUGUGAUCCUCUCUUUCUCCUUUCUUCUCAUUUCCACUGUUCCUCCUUUGGAACAAGUUUGUGGAGUUUGACAUGAAGCCAGUGUGUAAGAAGUGCUAUGAGAAAUUCCCUCUGGAGCUGAAGAAGAGACUGAAGAAACUCUCCGAAACUGUGGCCCGCAAGUGAACAAACGUCGAGCCGGAGGGAGAAGAGCAAGAUGAGACCCUGAGGCGCCCUCACAUGGAAAAAGUCACAUUUCCCGAAGAGACAAUCGUAAAAGAGAUGAGAAAUUGUGUGGUUGAUAUCGUUGGUAUUUUAAAUUUUGGUUGGUUAUUUCAGUGAAAAGAUCAAUUUGUUUGUCCUCUCAGUCACAGCUUUAAAGCACUGAGGAUCAUUUCAUCAGCCUGAAACUGACAGGCUCAGAGUAUUGGUUUCUUGGUUUGACUUGAACCUGUUCAGCUCAGUUACUGCACUGUACUUUAUUCACAUGCUUGCCUUCUUUCACUGCUAUACAUAUAAGUAUAUAUAAACAUAAACACGCCUGACGAUGGUCCUGUAUUUAUAGUAUCGUGAGCUUUAAGAGACCAUUGACACAUGGGAGUAGUGUUUCUCCUUAACGCUGUGUUGACAUGUUGAUCGACAGUUUGCCAACUUGUCUCGAUGCCAAAAGAACGUGUGUCCUGUUUGACUCCUGUUACCGUAUGUAACUGAUACUCUUAUAUCAUAUAAAGCCAAAUGUGUAUAUAAUAUUAUAUCUAAUAUGUCAUUUUUUUCACCAACUUGUAUUCUUUUAUGUACUACUAACUUGUAUUUCCUGUAUUAUGCUAUAUAACUUUAUUUUUAGCCCUAUAAAAUGUUUAUUUUUUGCAGUGACGGUCUGAGGACAUCACACUGGCUCCUUGAUGUUGCAGUGAUGGACUAAACCAUUAUCUGGACUUUGAUGGAUUGCCUUGUUACAUAUAUGUAUUUUAUAUCUGAAACAAUACAAAACAGGUGGAAAGUGGUAUUUAUAGUGUUACACGUCUAUUAAGUUUUAGUUUUAUCCACUGUCAAUUCCAGUAAAUACAUGGGUGUCAAACAAUAUUAGAAACCUCUUUCAGAAGUAAUCCAAUCCAGUUCAACACCAGCUUAUAAAUGAACAACUUCUCUGACGCCCUGUCAACAACUACUGGACUGUGCAGUGACAGCUUUGACAACUUUCCAUGACAACUGGUAACUGACUGCGUGUGUGGUUGUGUGUGUUACAACAUGAUAGCCUGUGGCAUGUGCUGAGACCGGAUCUGGGAGUAAUGUCAGAUGUAAGAACUUGUGUGUUAGUGUGUAAUCCAGAGAAAGUGAUCCUCUUAGGAAGGUGUACCGACUUCCUCGGGCUCAGACCCUCUUAGCAAAGAAAAACCAACUGUUGUGAAUGGGGGAAGAAUCGCUUCCGUUUUUCACUAGGUUUCACUCGAGCUGUAUAUUAUCGUAGAAAGCUUUUCUUUUGUGUAAAGAAAGACACAUUCCACAAAAACCCACCCAUUUCUCAUAUGUCACUUAGGGGUAACACUUAGUGAUUGUUGUGAAUAAGAACUUCAGCUUCAAUAAUAAAGACUCCAAAAUGUAGUUUUAUUUGAUAUUUAACCAUCUGGGUGACGGAGAUGACUCUGCCGCUCUUACAUUGUAUUUUAUCGUCACAAACUUUUUUCAAGAGACAAUGUUUCUCCAUGUAGACACACCAAAGUGCAUGUUCCAGACUUGAAUGGAAAGUUAUUUUUCAGUAUAUCUAAGUUGAUUGUAUUAUUUCUUCUGAAUAAAUGUUGGUCAAUGCUAAUAAUA